GCUUCGAGUGUCAAAAACAAAGUGAACCAGGACAGUUGUUCCGCUGUGUCGGGACCUAGGAAAAUCAAGUGAAGAGUAACUUAGAGGCGAAAAGUUCAUGCUGGUGUUUAUUAAGACGUCAGAGAGACAUAUGAAGGAGCCCAUGCUGAACAUGGAGACAUUGAGCAAACCAGAGCUGCUGACUCUCUUCAGCAUCCUGGAGGGAGAGCUGGAGGCCCGAGACCUGGUGAUCGAUGCCCUCAAGGCCCAGCGCAGGGAGCUCUAUGUCCGGGAGCGCUACGGGAAGUACAGCCUCAGCGAUCCCUUCCUGGCCCUGCAGAGGGACAGCGAGGCCGUGGGCGACCAGAAGAGGCACCUCAUGGGCCACUCCACCUCCAACCCCCUGGUGGUCCUCAAACUGGUGGUCAACCACUGCAGGAAGAUGCAGGACAAGAUGUUGGCUCAGCUGGCCGCGGCCGAGAGCAGGCACAGAAGGGUCAUUGCAGACCUGGAAGAGGAGAAAAGGAGGCACGCUGAGGACACGGCCGAAGGAGAUGACGUCACCUAUAUCCUGGAGAAGGAGAGGGAGCGCUUACAGCAACAGAGAGAGACCGACUGGCUACACUCCCCUGCUGUUUGUGUGCAGCUGGAGUUCGAGCGGAGCCAGGCGCGGCGGUCGGAGAAGGACCAGCGGCGGCUGGCCGAGCAGCUGGACGAGGAGCGGGCCCAGAGCAAGCAGGUGACCUCGGCCCUGGCCAAGGAGUGCAAGUGGGCCGGAGCCCGGGCCCUCGAGGAGGGCCACCGCCUGGCCGAGGCCGGCCGCAAGCUGGAGAAGGAGAAGGAGGUGUCACAGGCCCUGCAGCAGGAGCUGGAGGCGGAGAGGGGGAGAGCGCUGAGGAUGGAGGCCAGGGUGGAGGAGCAGCUGGCCGAGUUCGACACGGAGCGAGAGCAGCUCCGCUCGCGGCUGAAGAAGGAGGAAGCUCACUGUUGCCUUUUACAGCGAGAGCUGGAAGUACUGAGGAGGAGGACGGAGGGGACGGCUUUAGCAGGAGAACCGAGGGCGGAGUGCGUGGGAUCCACGGAGAGAAAAGAGCAACGUGCUACGAGCGAACCUCUGGCAAACAGCCAAACAGAGCAAGCAGCAGCCGAGCGCUUUAAAGGAGAAGGAAAGCCAAACGUCCCCUCUUUCCUGCCAGAAGUCCACGGUCACCCCCCCGACCAGGAAGCAGACGGCGCGCCUCUCAGCCCUAGCGGCGUCGUUCCAGUCCUGUUGGAGGCCCAGAGCUCCGCGGCCUCCUCCUCCUGCGAUCCCGAGAACAGCGGCUCCUCCCCUCCCCCCGCCCAGCGCCCCAGCCCCGGCAGCCCGGGCAGCUUCCAGUCCUCGUACCAGGCGGGCAUCCACCAGCGCUUCCACGCCGCGCGCCAUAAGUUCCAGGGCACCGUGGAUCCCGACCUCCCUGCUUCUGCGUCUCCUGCGUCUCCGGUGCAGGCCGGCCAACCGGCGCCGCCGCCGCCCUCAGCGAAGGACCCCGCCCCCCCCGACCCCGAGUGUCUCUCCGGAGGCCACCCCGGUCAAGCAGCUGGCCCGCAGCACCGUCACCCAGGUGCUGUCCCGGUUCACCACCGCUCAGCAGGGGGCCGCGGCGAAGCCCACCGCGCCCAACAACUCGCCCUUUGGCACGGACUACCGCAACCUGUCGGCGCCUCUGUCGCCGGUCAUCGGGAGGGCCCAGGGGGUCCGAUCGCCGACCAUUCCGAGGGCGGAGAGGGGCAACCCUCCGCCCAUCCCUCCUAAGAAGCCGGGCCUGGCCCAGGCCCCAGCCUCGCCUUCCCUGGGGGCCAGGUCGGCGGCUCUUUACUCGGAAAGCCCCAUCGCGGCGAGCUGCGGCCUCACCUCCAGCCAGGAGGGAGUGAAGGGGCUGGACAGAGUGGUGUCUUCUAACUGAACCGAGCGGAGCGGCUAGCUGAACCGGCUCACCCAAACGCAGCAGCUGCUGGCUCAACGGGCUUCUGAAAGUACAGCUGUUAUAGCUAAAUUAGAUGACCAAUCAUUUCACGUCUCUUUGCUGUACCGCAGGAUCACAUGAUGCCAUGAUGGAAUUUGUGUCUUCUGCCUUGAUGAUCAAGGAAAUAACUCAGAUAAAUCCAUGUAAUUAUAUUUAUUUUAUUUUUAUAAUCAAAUGCACUAUUACGAGUAUGAGGGGUACUUUUCAUAUUAUUUCCCAUAUAUUCCAAUAUGCUGGUCACGCUAUGUUUUUAAAUGUAUAUUAAACACAUUUCUGGCAUUAAAGUGGCAAUCUCAAAGAUUUUCUUUUAAAUAAUGUCACUAUAUAUCGCCGCUUCAGGAAAAAGGAUGGUGACUGAGAAAAGCCCUUGCAUUUGCAGUAUAUGAAUGUUAGGAACUGGGUGCCGGUCACAACAUCGUUGGGAUCUACGGGAACAAUUCCUGCUUAUCACCAAGGGUUUGCCAAAGAGAAUUAAACAAAUCUUGAAGAUUGCCACUUUAUUAAUUCAUUUGAGGGGGUUACGAUCAUCAGUUGGCCUAGAAGUUGUUUUAUUUUUUUGUUUAAAUUACUAUCCUAAGCAAUAUGAAAAUGGACAAUAUCAUCUAAAAACGAAUGUAUAUUGACCAGAUUAAAUGUACACUUUUUUUUGUAUAUAUAGAUUAAACAUUGAGUAGUCACAUAUCUGUACUUAAUACAUUUAGUUGAGUUCUUGUUAUUAUUACUCCAAAUUAAAGCUUGAUUCGUUGUUAAAAAAAUGCCUACAUUUCAAAGACCUGUAUUUUAUGAUAAAAUGCAUUAAACUACGUGAAGUAACCACAUUA